AUGAGAAGUUUAGAUUGUUGGCCCAUACAAAUGGAGAACCCCUAUAAAGAGCCUCCUAAAAGAUGCAUCUUAUGUGGAAUAAAUGUAGACUACAAGAAUGUGCAGCUUCUUUCCCAGUUUGUUUCUCCGCAUACUGGCUGCAUUUAUGGCAGGCAUAUAACAGGCUUGUGCAACAAGAAGCAGAAGGAAAUUACAAAAGCCAUUAAAAGAGCUCAUGUAUUGGGAUUUAUGCCAGUUAUGUACAAGCACCCAUCAUUCCUCACAGACCCCAAGAUAUGUAGUAUCAAGUAUCCAGAGUAA